AUGGCAGGUACCCCGCUAGGCAGCUCCAGCAUUAGCACCCCGCCUAGUGCUCUAUUACCAGAAGAGCCGACACAUUCUCAUGACGAGCAGAUGGAAGACUUAUCUUCUCAGACUACCAGAAAACGUCCUCGUCUGGACAGCGGAGCUGAUUCGCGGGAAUCCAUAUCCACUGAAGAGUCGCCUGUCCAGCAAUCCGCGUCCCCGAAAACACCGAACGACCAAGAGCUUACCUCCUCUCAGCCUCUCUCAGGUCGGGUCACGAUCAAUAUGAAGUCCCCCUCGCAACCCGGCGUUAUCAUACAGGAUAUUUCGUCUGUCCAAGAACUCCCCCGCGAAGAAAAUGGCAUUGAGCUGGAUACAACAGACAUUACAAUACUGCAGUCAGAAGAUACCAUCAUGGCCGGUGCACAGUCUUCCACUGCCAUUUCGAUAUCUUCAUCUCCCUCACGAAGUCCAGAGAUAGAGGUCGCCGAAGUGGAGGAUAUGGACCAGGACCCAAAUACAUCUCGAUGGCGUCCAUUAGGGGAUGCUGUUCAAGAGCAGAGCUCGGCGGGGAUAGUUCAGGUCCAUGAACAGUUUUCCCUGGUCGACCAUUUCCCAAAGCUACAUGGCAACCCAGACUUAAGGGAGUCUCUGGAAGAGACAGUCAGCAUUAUUGAAAAAGCUCUUCAUCAUGAUUACACGAUCCUGAACCUCAUCAAGCAAUGGCUUGCUGGCUGUGUUGACAGCCUAUCACAAGUUACUCUGGAAACAAUACGGGAUGACCCUGACCGCGAGUUCUGGGAAGACUUUCCUUCGAUAAUAGAAGGAUUGCUCCGUAGACAGGUCGCUUUUAACCAAAAUCAAGGCCCUGGUCUACUGAUAUUUUUGGAAGAAUUCUUUCUAGAUUUUGGACAACUUGCACUCCAUAUGCUUCGGCUCGACAUCAGUUAUCUCACAGUCGUUUCACAAACUCCAUCAAUGCAGCCCGCGGAAUGUAUCUCUCGGUCUUACGUGCAGUCUCUUGCCUGGCUUUUGCAGAUGCAAAACAUCCCCUUUUUCCGAGCUCUUCUACGGGUCUAUCAGUCAAAAGCUAUGGAUCUUGUGGCGCAAGUAUGUGAUCAUAUGACGGAAGCUCCCUUGAACAUCUUAUCGAACAUAUCGGAGUACAUUUCAAUUCUUCUUCCUCUACUCCCUCGAUUUCCUCAGCUGGCACAAUCUCUGCUACCAGCAGUUGGAGUAGUCUCUAACUUGCUGGAAUCUCGAACCGAACGACGAAAACUUGGUGCGGACGAAAAAUUCAUCAACUCGCCAAUAAUGAACCAGACUAUCAAAGACUCCUAUCCUCUAUUCCGCAAAUUGGAUGAGGCAUACCAGAAUGCUAUCACCAAAAAGGCGCCUUGGCUCACUGCAGAUAUCAGCGAAAAUUUGUCACGCCAUAUCAACACUGCCCUGCGAGUCUACUGCGAUUUUGAUGCCUCGUUUGCUACCAAGCUUGCCGAAGACCUGUCCAUAAACAUACCUGAAGCGAGCAGCGAGGAAUCUGCAUUGAUCGUAAUCAAUGCUUGGAAAUUCAACACUUUGAAAAGGCACAUCAUGGAUGGGCGGAUGGAGUUACGAGUCUGGGGCACUGAGGCCAUGCAAGUAGAUCUUGUUAAUAUUUGGCGGCAGAAAAUUCAGAGCAACCCUGACGGCGUCGAUGUUCCGCUUGUGCAAUACCUCCUGAAAUUUCUACGCGACAUACAGAUCAUCGAAUACAUUGUCGGCGUGGGCUCACAUCCUCAAAUAAUUAGCCGCGGCGGCAACAUUGUGGGUUUCUUCAUAGUGACGAACACUUAUGCCGACGCCGACACAGACACAAUUUGGAAAGCUGUCACAGAUGGCCAAGACCAAAGGACCGUUGGUGAAGUUCUCACAAUGUUAGGCCGCACCGUUGUGAUGCACCCAUCCACUUCUCAUGCACUUCUCUAUCUCUCCUCCAAACUCCUUGAGCUUCCCAUAAAUCGCUUUGACCAACGGAUGAUCGAAUUCUGCGAUUUACUAUUCCGGACUAUGAGAGAGAAGUUUGAGGAAAACCAAGCAGCCGAUCCACUGGAAACUUCGCAUCUUGAUUCAACCCCCUUGCGAGUAUGUGUGCGCCUCAUACGGGAGUCGAAUUCGUGCCCCGACAUCACCGAUGAACAAAAAGUCACCCUACAACGAUUUGCAGGCGGUCAGCUACAGCAGCUGUUAAAUCUAGGCAUGAGCGAGUCAGAUAAGCGUGAUGUCUAUGAGCGAUGUAUUCAAGAUAUUGGUGAAAGAAACGAAUUUGCAUCAGGAAGCAUACAAGCAUUGAACGCCUUGAUCCCGACAACUUUUGACUCCCAGGAGAUUAGAGCUUUGGCUACGGACUAUGAACUGACUGCUCUAGUCAUUAUGGAAUUCGAACAGUUCUGGGGUAGCAUCUUCGAAGUUUCUGACAGGUUCUCACAAAAUGCUGUAUUGUCCCGUGUCCACUUUUUGGGUCGACUCAUCGAUAAAGUUCCAGACACUAUCACACCAGAACUCAGCGACACUCUCUGGACGAAGAUUUUUAUGGCUGGAAAUAUAGAAUCCGCGAGAAGCUCCUUGUGGGAAAUGCUAUGUCGUGUCACCAAGAUCUGCGUGACUCCAAACCCAUUCAUAGAGAGGUGUCUUCAUCAUUAUCUACCGAGUGUCUCGCCAGAAAAUUAUUCCCAGGAGAUCAUGUCAUUUGCCGAGCAUGCAGUCCAGUAUGAAAUACGUUUCAACCCCCCCCCGGUUGCUGCGGAGAACGAAAUUAUCACAUUACCAGGCGUGGACCGCAUCUGGCAUUUUAUCCUCACGGCACCUCCCAACACUAUUGAAGGACGAGCGACGAACUUCGCAAUCGAAGUAUAUCUUGACCACGGUUUGAUACGCAGGGCUCCGGCAUCCGCAGCUGAAGCGACACACAUCUCCUUGGUUGAUCGCUGCGUGGAUCAGAUUAAGUCUGCUGCCUCGACCCUAAAAGGUUCAAAUGAUACUAUGAGCUCUGAAGGCGAUGCUAUGGUCACUGUAGCUAGCGAACAAGAGAUCGCCUCUGCAGGAUUGAAGCUGAGUCGAUCUCUUUUAUUUCUACAGCAGCUUCUCCAGGGACUUCGCAGUCGGCCUCAGUACAGUCCUCCGCAAAGCCAGGCACCUGAACUUCCGGAACGGAUCGGCCGAGGGGAACCUAUUGAAAUUUCCUAUCAAAGCUUCCAAGAAUCCAAGCAGUCUCGGGUGUCUACCUUACGUAUAGGCAGUCUUUGCACAGCUGCUGAGUUGGUCAAUCGUUUGACACGAGUGACGGGGUUCAGCAAAUUCAGUGUGAUCUUUGGAGGCCAAAAGAUCAAUUUGUUAGAGAAUCCGGAAAUGACGGUGCAAGACCUCAACAUCAAAGGUCUUCUCAUUAUUAGAAAGAUCCCGGAUGGCACCGAAACGGCGACUGCUGGCAGGCGCCAAUCACUCACACUCGUUGACUCUGAAAUUUUGAAGCAUUUUGAUGACCUUUACGAUCUUCUAGACCUUGAUGAGAGAUAUGCUCAUGAAAUUUAUGAUUUUCUUAUUGUCUUCCCACCACAAGAACGGGUUAAAGAAAUGGUGAAAGUGGAGAGCAACACAGAGGACAAGCUAUUCCCAAUGGAGAAACCGUAUAAGCUGCUAUACUCUGUGAAAGCUCUUUCAACCUGUUUGCGAGAGUAUUUACUUGAGGCCGAAUAUCCAUCCAGUCUCAUUGCUCACAGCACUCAGGUGCUAGUGGGUGCUUUGACUCGCCCCGAAAUGUCAGUAAAUAGAGACGAUUAUAUGAACUUGAUUUUCGCACGUCAUCUACUGGAGUGCCUCCUUUUAUGCCUUUCAGUGAAAACGACAGACCCACUGGUUCUCCCUAAUGCUGAAGCUUUAGUUGGGCAAUUGCUCUUUUUCAUAAAAGCUGCACAAAAUGCAGACCCUUCCCAAAUUAGCGAGCUCGAUAUUCAAAGGCUCAUCUGCCAUUCGAUAUCAGUACUCAUAGAUGCUUCCAUACGCCAUCAGGACUUUUGGAAUGUGACCAAGCAGCACGCUCGGUUCGAGGAAUUGAUCUUCUCACUCCUUCUAGAUGAGAAACGCCAGUUGAUACGCCGUCAGGUUGCGGAAAAGAUAACGGCCACCUGCAAUAUCUCUGCCCCGAAAAGACUGGCAAGCGCGAAUGCGAGCAACGUAGACCGACCAAACCAGCCUGAGGAUUCGACUAUUCUUGACAUAAUCUCGACUAUUUGGGAUGGCUUUGUACAGAAUAUGCAGAAUUCAGUUCGUUUCGCAAAACAAUCUCAGGAAUACUUCUCUGCUGCUAUUUGGGUCUUCCGAUCAGUCGCUGAAAGAGGACCGCAAAACGUUGACUUCUCCGAAUACAUUUCAAAGUGGAGCGAGAGCAUGCUUAGCCAUGAAACCGAAGAGUUUGUGGGACGUGAACCUGUGGAUCAUGUCAUAUUGGGAUUUGCGCGCCUCUUACGACUAUGUUUAGAGGUGGCUGUCAAGAGAGAAACAACGAUCAAUGCCGCUGUCCUCAUUGAUAGCCUUGUCAACAAUUACCUAUUCCCCGACCUGUCAGAACCAUCUGAUACGGAACUCAUCACGCCGCGCAUUCCAGUGAUGAACGAGGAGACAAGAGAAGAGCUGUACAAGAUCUUGUAUUUGUUGGCUAGACAGGAAGAAAACUUUGGGAGAGUUAUCGAUCUGAUGAAUGAUCUCAUUCCACGUGAUUAUACGUAUAAUACUACCUGGGCUAUCGAUCGACUGAAGGCAAUCAGGUCUCCCGAAGGCUAUGCGGGAUUGAAGAACCUGUCAAACACGUGCUAUCUGAACUCACUCUUUACACAGCUUUUCAUGAACAUCGACUUUCGUGAUUUUAUGCUCCAAGUCUCCGUAGACGACCCAGAAUCAUCACAGAAGCUCCUCGCGGAGACGAAGAAAAUUUUUGGAAAUAUGCAAGAAACAUGGUCCAAACAUGUUGAUCCUGAGGGCGCAGUAUGUUCUAUACGGACUUACGACAAUGAGCCAAUUGACGUCAACGUUCAGAUGGAUGUUGACGAGUUUUAUAACCUGCUAUUUGACCGUUGGGAAGCUCAAAUAACUAAUCCAGAAGCAAAGAAACGAUUCCGGGCCUUCUACGGUGGACAAUUGGUCCAACAGAUCAAGUCUAAAGAGUGCGAACAUAUCUCAGAACGUCUUGAACCCUUCUCGGCAAUUCAGUGCGAUAUCAAGGGUAAAGCGAAUCUCGAAGAAAGUCUUCAGGCAUAUGUCGAGGGCGAGAUAAUGCAAGGAGACAACAAAUACUCGUGCACAUCCUGUGGACGCCACGUCGACGCGGUGAAACGAGCAUGCUUGAAAGAAAUCCCCGACAAUCUUAUAUUCCAUCUGAAACGAUUCGAUUUUGACAUGCUUACGAUGAUGCGAAGCAAGAUCAAUGAUGAAUUUCAGUUUCCUGAACGCAUUGAUAUGACUCCGUACAAAGUGGAAUAUCUCUCAGAUUCAAACAUGAAGCUUGAAGAGGAUAUGUUUGAGCUAGUCGGCGUACUUGUUCACAGCGGGACUGCUGAAUCAGGUCAUUACUAUAGUUAUAUUCGGGAGCGCCCAACUGCUGGAACCAAGAAGUCGUGGGUCGAAUUCAACGAUGCAGAUGUUACUUCUUUUGACCCAUCAAAGAUCGCAGAACAAUGCUUUGGAGGAUCAAACGACUAUCACGGACCGUCCAUGGGACAUACGCGCUUCGGAAAAGUCUGGAACGCGUAUAUGCUGUUCUAUCAGCGUGUCUCUAGAAUGGAUGCUGAGAGGGAACUGUACAAGCCCACGAUGAAAGACACACCUGUUCAUGUACCCUUGCCACUCGACCUUGGAAAUCACAUCGCCAUGGAGAAUGAGAUUUUCAUACGCACAUACUGUCUUCUGGACCCUUACCACGCCUAUUUUAUUCGCUGCCUUCUCCAACUAUCGAAGGAGCAUGUGCUAUCGGGUUCGACUGUGGCUUCGGACUUACAGAAGGAAACUAUCUAUGUGGCCAUGGAUACCGUGGAACAAUUGAUCGCAAAAGCUAAAGAAAUGCCGGAGUGGGACCGGAUUAUGCCUGAGCUGAGAAGGACCCUUCAAGAAACCCCAAAGGGAGCAUUGAGGAUCAUCAAAUGGAUCCGUGAUCGAGAUACAGGACUACGCAAUUUGAUUCUGAAAGCUCCCCAGCAAGUCCGUAGCGUUUCCGUGAAAAUAUUCAUCAUGGCUCUUGUCAGAGUCCAUGAGCUAGCAGCUGACGAGACCUUGGAUGACUCAGAGCGGGCAAAGUGGCGAUCGAAGUACACAGACUGUUGGCAGUACAUUGUGGUAGGGUUGAACAAUCUCUGGCCUAUACUCUACACAGCCAAUCGUUCUUGGGAUGAUUAUUUCGAGUUUUUGGCCAUCCUCACGACUCUUCAAUCCCCACAAAUCAAUAUCUUGCUUGACAAUGGCUUCCUUCUCAAAUGUCUUGAGAUGGUUUGGCUAGAUAGGGAGGAUUCAAAGAGCCUGAAGCUGCAAUAUCCCAACUAUCACAGACUUUUGGAACGUGGGCGCAAGUUCUCGCAUCGGAAAUUGAUGGAACUACUUGCGCAAUUGUUGAAAUACAUCGAUUUGACAUUGUCACCUACACCUGACGACGAACCCCGCACCACUAGUGAUGGCCGUUAUUCUCUAACUAUCACUGAAAGCACUUUUAUUUUCGAGCUUGGAAGGGACAAUAACGGGGAACUUGUCUUUGUAAAAAAGAUUCUCCAACAUCAAAUAAAUCCAGCUGCCAUUCGAUCGAUCAUUUCUCUCCUGCUCGACGCAGAGCCUGAAGCUAAUCUCACACAACCGAUAAUCAAAGUCCUUGAGGACGGUCUCCGAGCAUCUCCAGCACAACUCUGCGCGCCUUACCUUGAAGCGGCGUUGGUAUUUUGUUCUCGCAGCCCCAACGAACAGCAAGUCGUUGAUAUCAUUGAUUAUAUUGCUAAAGGAGUUGACUCCAUCGGCGAGAGUGGAGGCAGAGAGCAUAUUAACUUUUUCACAAACAUCAUUUCUUGUCACAACGAACGUAUUGAAAAGGAUGACAUUUGGUUCACCCAGAAGGUUGUGGAGCGCGUUCCCGAAUGGGCACCCACUCUUCUUAUUUAUCCAGAUAGAGUGGUCAAGAACGUCACAUUUGACCUGCUGCGGAAUGCUCUGUUCAACCCAGACCGGGAAGACAUGGGCGACGAGUAUCGGUCCUUCUAUUACAAGGUCGCCAGGGAACUUGGUCAGUCGUGUGUGGAGGUCUUGAGGAAGACAUAUCUCACUAGUGAAGGGCAAACUGUAGAGAACAAGGUUGUGGACAACAUACGAGUGGUGAUCGCGCAUUGUCUACGAACUUACUAUGAUGAGAGCGAUGCUGAUGAUGCGGAAUUCAUGCAGCAAGCUGAAGCUGUCCUCGGUGCUAUCGACCAAUUAUCAGUGGAUGUGCCCGAAGAGAUAGCAUCCGAAGAUUGGGAUGAUCAGUCUGUUAUGGGGAGCGACUCUGAAUUUGGCAUGGCAACACCAUGA